AGUUCUGGACUAUCCAUUCAACACGAUGCUUGUCCGAUCGGUACUAGUACUUGUCGUAAUUGUUGCGUCCAACUGUGAUAAUGUUAAUAACAAAGUGGAAGACGAGUGUCACUUAUCGCAGAAACUGAUCAAAGAAAUUCAAUCUUAUAAACCUACGGUGAACAGGAUAAUAGAUGCCGUAACGAAAGGAAAGCACAAGGGAAAGGUAUAUAACCAUCUAUCGGAUUUUAUCGACACUUUUGGCGCUAGGGUAUCAGGCACCAAGAAUUUAGAAAAUUCUAUUGAUUAUGUUCAGAAUUUGCUGGUGCAAGCUGGUUUAGAGAAUAUACACGGCGAAAAUGUUUCAGUUCCACAUUGGGUUAGGGGCACAGAAAUUGCCGAAGUGCUCGAGCCUCGAAGAUCAAAAAUUGGCGUGCUUGGCUUGGGACAAACAGCUAAUACUCCUCCCGAAGGAAUUACAGCAGAAGUUCUAGUCGUUCGUUCAUUUGAGGAGUUAAACAAACCAGAAGUUUCAGCAGCAGCUAAAGGUAAAAUAGUUGUCAUCAACUUCAACUUUGAACGUUACGGAAGAUCUGUCAAAUACAGGAGCCAAGGACCUGUAGAAGCUGCCAAACAUGGAGCUUUAGCGGUACUUAUAAAAUCCGUAACACCUUUUUCCAUGUAUACUCUUCAUACAGGAUAUCUCAAGUACAGAAAGGAUGUCAAAAAAAUUCCGGCUCUUUCGAUAACAGUUGAGGAUGCAAACAUGCUACAAAGAUAUCAGGAUAAAGGUAAAAAAAUUGUAAUAAAAACUACAAGUAGACUCGCAACAUCUGCCUGAUGAAACCUCAAGAAACUUAGUGGCAGAAAUUAAAGGAUCAGAAAAAGAGCAAAAAAUCGUUGUUGUAUCCGGUCAUUUGGAUAGUUGGGAUGUUGGAGUUGGUGCAAUGGAUGAUGGUGGUGGAUCAUUCAUUUCUUGGUAUUCAAUGGUUCUUCUAAAAUCCCUCGGUUUAAGAGCAAGGAGAACUCUAAGAGUUAUUCUGUGGACUGCCGAGGAACCUGGUUUCAUAGGAGCCCAAGCAUACGACAAAGCGCACAAGGAUGAUCUGGACGAUUUUACUUUUGUAAUGGAAUCUGACGAAGGUACUUUCAAUCCUCUGGGAAUAGAAUAUACAACCGGCAAAAAAGGUGGAUGUAUAAUAAAGGAAAUCGUUGGAUUACUGGAACCAAUCAAUGCAACACAGACCCAAUACAGCGAAUCAGUAGGAUCCGACAUAGCGAUGUGGGCUAAGAAGAUACCCAUAGCUGGUCUAUUGAACGAGAACCAGAAAUAUUUCUGGUACCAUCACUCAGUCGCCGACAGUUUGGAUAUUUUGGACUCAGACACAUUAGAUAAGGCUACAGCUGUCUGGGCAUCUGUAGCGUACGUCGUUGCUGAUCUUAAAGAAGAAUUUCCCAGAGAUUUUGAUGAUAUUUCAAAGUUACCCAUCAACAAAUUAAUAGAAAAAUUGCGCCAAAAUGGACAAAAUCAUUAGUUAGUUCGUAAUAUUGUGAUCAAAGCGAAUUAGUAUUAUACAUGUGCAGCACAAUAUUAUAAUUAGUUUAUUAAUAAAGAUAAAUUUAUUUUU